AAAGGAGGGGAUAUGGGGGGUGGAGAUUUCAUGCUGUGAAAUGAAAUAUGUGCUGUGACUUUUUUUUUUUUCUUUUUCAUUACGAAGCCUAAAGAAAAGCAGAGCAAUGGCAGAUUUUUUUCAAUCACAAAAAUACAGACAGAGUAUGGAUGACCAUCCAACUCUGACUUCUUCCAGUGGUCCUCUGGCUGAGGAGCUUCAUUGUUCAGUGUGUCUGGAUGUGUUCACUGAUCCAGUCAGCACUCCAUGUGGACACAACUUCUGUAAGAGCUGCCUGAACCAGUGCUGGGACAACAGUCAGGACUGCAAAUGUCCAUUGUGUAAAGAAACAUUCAGUAAAAGACCCGACCUCAAGAUCAACACAGCACUUAGACAGGUUGCGCAACUCUUUCAGAAAAAGUCCAGUCUGAGUAAAUCUGAAGUUCUCUGUGACAUCUGUGAUGAAAGAAAAAAGAAAGCCCUGAAGUCCUGUCUGCUGUGUCAGACCUCUUACUGUGAAACUCACCUGGAGUUUCAUCACAAAAUCUAUUUAAAGAAACACAAACUACUUGACCCUGUGAAGAAUAUGAAGGACUAUAUUUGUCAGAAACACGAGAGACCUCUGGAGCUGUUCUGUAGAGAUGAUCAGACGCGUUUGUGUGUGUUUUGCACUGAUGGAGACCACAAGACUCACAACACUGUUCCUCUAGAGGAGGAGAGUAAAGAGAAGAAGGCAAGACUAAUGAAGACACAGAAAGACAUGCAGCAGAUGAUCCUGGACAGAAUCAAGAAGAUUCAAGACAUUAAAUACUUUGCAGAACUCAGAAACCGAGUGAAAGCUGAGCUGCUGGAGAUGAUGGAGGAGAAGCAGAAAACAGCAGAGAAACAGGAUGAAGAGCUCAUUCAAGAGCUGCAGCAGGAAAUCACUGAGCUCAAGAUGAGAAACACUGAGCUGGAUCAUCUCUUACACACUGAGGAUCACCUCCAGCUCCUACAGAUUGAUCCAUCCCUGUGCAGUCCUCCACACACCAGGAACUGGCCUGAGAUCAGUAUGAACACUGAUGUGAGUGUGGAGACUCUGAGGAGAGCUCUGACUCAACUGCAGGAAACUUUAGACCAGAAACUCAGUCAAACUGUGUUGAGGAAGAUGCAGCAGUAUGCAGUGGAUGUGACUCUGGAUCCUGAUACAGCUCAUCCAAAACUCAUCCUGUCUAAUGAUGGGAAACAAGUGAGACAUGGAGACAUUAAGCAUGAGCUCCCAGAUUACCCAGAGCGGUUUAAUUACAGUGCCUCUGUCCUGGGAAAAGAGGGAUUCUUGUCAGGUAGAUUUUAUUUUGAAGUGCAGCUGAAGGGAAAGAGUCAGUGGGAUUUAGGAGUGGCCAGAGAAUCUAUUAACAGGAAGGGAAAGAUCAGAGUGAGUCCUCAGGAUGGGUUCUGGGCUGUGGCUCUGAGGAAUGGGAAUGAAUAUUGGGCUUGUGCUGAUCCCUGUGUUUAUCUCUCUCUGAGAGUGAAGCCACAGAAGGUGGGUGUGUUUGUGGAUUAUGAGGAGGGUCUGGUCACCUUCUAUGAUGUGGAGUCCAGAUCUCAAAUCUACUCUUUCACUGCUCAGUCUUUCACUAAUCGACUAUAUUCAUAUUUUUGCCCCUUUUCUGAUGAUACUGGUAAAGAUUCAGCACCAAUGAUCAUCUCACCUGUUAAUUACAAUGAAUGAAUUUAC